AUGCUUGAUUUUGUGCGCGAAACUCCAGAGUUGGUUUUGCUUCUUCUGUGCCAAUGUGGUUUAUUCGUACUACUCCCGGAUCUUCUGAGCAGUCGGAAUAGCUGUCGGCAGGGAGCUUGUCACCCAUUGGUGGGAGAUCUGCUUGUGGGGCGCAGCCAACAGCUGACUGCUUCGUCUACCUGUGGACUGUUUGGCCCUCAGAAGUAUUGCAUCGUGGGGCACCUCGCGGAUAAGAAGAAAUGUUUCACCUGCGAUUCCAGGCAUCCCUAUCACCCGCUGUUCCAAACCGACAGCCACUUUAUCGAAAACGUGGUCGCCCGUUCGGAACGCGAUCGAAAGAAGUGGUGGCAAUCUGAAAACGGUGUCAACCAUGUCAGCAUUCAACUGGAUUUGGAAAACAUGUUUCAGUUCAGUCAUCUUAUUCUGAUUUUCAAGACUUUUCGUCCUGCCGCCAUGUUGGUAGAACGAUCCGCAGAUUACGGUCAAACCUGGAAGGUCUACAGAUAUUUUGCACAAAACUGUGCUGCGUCUUUUCCCGACAUUCCUUCAAGGCCACCCAAAACGGUUGGAGACGUUGUUUGUGACUCCAAAUAUUCAGAUAUCGAACCGUCAACUGAAGGGGAAGUUAUUUUCAAAGUUCUGGACCCCACUUUUGAAAUAGAAAAUUCUUACGCUCCGCACAUCCAAGAGCUGGUGGCUUUUACAAAUCUAAGAGUCAACUUUACAAAGCUUCACAUGUUGGGAGAUACUUUACUUGGAAAAAAGGAACAGAAUCUUCUGGGAAAAUACUACUACGCGCUUUAUGAAAUGGUUGUGCAUGGGAGCUGCAUGUGCAAUGGCCACGCCGGCCACUGUGGACCUGGAGAAAAUCUCCGAGGGGACGUCUUCCAUGAGCCUGGGAUGGUCCACGGAAACUGCCUUUGUGAACACAACACAGAUGGUUUGUCCUGUGAACGAUGCAAAGAUUUCUACAAUGAUGUCCCUUGGAGGCCGGCUGAAGGAUCCCAGGAAAAUGCUUGCCAAAAAUGUGACUGCAAUGGUCAUUCGGAGAGCUGCCACUUUGAUAUGGCGGUGUACCUUGCUAACAACCGUACCAGGGGCGGAGUUUGCGAAGACUGUCGGCACAACACAAUGGGGCAACACUGUGGACGGUGCAAGCCUUUUUUUUAUCAGGAUCCCCAGAAGGCCAUGGUGGACCCUCACGCGUGUAUCCCUUGUGACUGUGAUCCAGAAGGCACUCUGCAAGAUGGGCUGUGCCAGGAUCAUUCAGAUCCUGUCCUUGGAACCAUUGCUGGCCAGUGUCGUUGCAAAGCCAACGUUGAAGGAGUCCGUUGUGACAAGUGCAAGCCACACUACUAUGGAAUCAAUGGAAGCGAUCCCCUCGGCUGUCAGCCUUGCAGGUGUCACUCAGCGGGGAGUUUGCCUUUCUCUGUCUGCAACCCAGAAUCUGGAAAGUGUGUGUGCCAGGAAUUUGUCACUGGACAACGUUGUGAAGACUGUCUGGACGGAUACUGGGGUCUUGGAAGUCACGUAUACGGAUGCUCCCCGUGUGACUGUGACAUUGGUGGUGCCUACAAUAAUUCGUGUGCACUUACUGAUGGACAGUGUGAUUGCCGAUCUAAUAUAGUAGGCAGACAAUGUGGAGACCCAGCUGCAGGCUACUUUUUUUUACCUUUAGAUUAUUAUAUCUACGAAGCUGAAGAUUCAACGCCUCUCCCUGGACCUCUGCCCUUGAAUCCGGUUCCAUUCAGCAGAAACCCGUCUCUGAAUAUUGUGAUUAAAGAGGUCAUCCCUGGAAAACCCGUGACGUGGUCAGGGCUGGGUUUUGUGCGCGUGGAAAGCAAAGCUGGGUUACGUUUUUCCAUCGACAACAUUCCCUUUCUGAUGGACUUUAACGCCAUCAUCCGUUAUGAGCCAGAGUUGCUAUCUACCCCAAUAUGCUUGCAACCAAAGACGGAAUAUUUUGUAGAUGUCUAUUUUUCCAAGACGUCGGAUCCUGAACCCAAGUCCCGAUCCUCCAUAUUGGUUGAUUCAAUCGGACUCCUUCCUGCCAUCGCUUCCGUGGAAAACCUAUGCGAUCAAAAUGAUUUGGAGGAGUUCCAGCAGUAUCACUGUGUAGAGAGUGCCUCAGAUAUCGGGCCUCACAUCUUACCAGAAACCUGUGCAAAACUCAUUGCGAGUUUGUCUGCCCGGAUUCACAAUGGCGCCGUCCCCUGCAGGUGUCACCCACAAGGUUCUUUAAAUUCCCACUGCACAAAACUUGGAGGCCAGUGCCAAUGCAAACCCAAUGUUGUAGGACGCUGUUGCGAUAAAUGUGCCGCCGGAAGUCACAGCUUCGGACCCCAAGGUUGCCUUGCAUGUCAAUGUCAUCCGCAAGGAUCAGUAAGCACCUUGUGUGACCAGGGGACCGGGGAGUGUUCUUGUCGACCGGAAGUCGCCAGCCAGCGGUGCGAUCAAUGCCUAGUUGGAUACUUUGGGUUUCCUCACUGUCGUCCUUGUGCUUGCAACGGCUUCGCGGAACUUUGCGAUUCGCAGACUGGAGCAUGUUUGAACUGUACGAGGUUCACCACCGGAUCUAACUGUGAAAGGUGCUUGGAUGGGUAUUAUGGGAAUCCCCUGGAAAGAGAAUCUUGUCGUCCGUGCUUGUGCCCAGAUUCCCCAACCAGCAAGAGAUAUUUUGCACAUUCCUGUUUCCAAAACCCUCAGACCGAACGGUUAAUCUGCAAAUGCUUUGUGGGCUAUUCAGGUGACCGCUGUGAUAACUGCUCCAGUGGAUUUCAUGGAAAUCCAGGUGUACCCACCGGCAAAUGUCUUCCUUGUUCUUGCAAUAACAACACGGAUGUGGCAGACCCAGAAUCUUGCAACAAGGACACUGGAGAGUGUUUAAAAUGCUUACACAACACUCACGGGCCAAACUGCCAGUUCUGUAAACCUGGUUACUUUGGCUCAGCACUUCUGAGGAACUGUAGAAAAUGUAACUGCAACCUUUUGGGUGUGAAUCCGGCAAAAUGCCCACCUGGAAGUGACUUUUGCGCAUGUAACCAGACCAGUGGCGAGUGCCCUUGCUCACCUCAUGUGAUAGGCGAGAAGUGUGACCGAUGCGCUCCUGGCUUCUGGAACAUGGCCCAGAGAAGAGGAUGCUGUCCUUGCGGUUGUCAUCUCAAACAUUCCAUAAGCAACAUUUGUGAUCAGCUUACAGGCCAGUGUCCGUGUAAAGUCGGUUAUGCCGGAAGACGUUGCGACAUCUGUUCUGAAAACCAUUAUGGCAUUGAUUGUAUCGAAUGUAAGUGUAACAAGGACGGGACGCUGACACCUGCUUGUGAUCAAGACACUGGAGUGUGUCAGUGCCGGACGGGGGUGACCGGAAAGCACUGCGAUCAGUGUGCGCGCAAUCACAAUCAAGGGUUUCCUUCUUGUUCUCGUUGCCACCUUUGUUUCGAUCAGUGGGAUCAUAUCAUGAAUUCCUUGUCCCGGAGAAUCCAAAAAUUAUUGAAAUUCGCUGCAACGCUUGCCGAUAAGAGGAGAACCAUGCCGGGCUGUGAUUUCGACCUCAAGGGCUAUGAAAAUAAAAUUUCUGACUUAGAAAAGAUCUUGAAAAGUCCUUUCCCGUUAUCAGAGACGGUCUUGGAUAUUAAAAAAGUCCACGACGAUAUUAGGCAAACGGUUUCUCACAUGUCUCUGCAACCUGGCCCACUGGAUCAGAUUCCCGAUUUCCAUAGCAUGAUUGAAAACUUGCAAAAAGACAUUGAUAAUCUCUCGGGAACCCUGCAGAAGAGAACGGAAGUACACCGCAGAAUGACUUACCUGCGAUUCCAGGAUUUUUUCAGCAAAAUAAAGAAUUAUCAUCAAAUCAUGCUGGCUGCUGAGAAGAGAAUCAACGACACCAGAUCUCUCCUUGUUCGUGGGGAGAAAAUAAGGAGCAAUGUGUUUGCCCUGCUGAAUGAUCUGGACACCGAGAAAAACAUUACGCUGAACCGCCUGAAGACGUUCACAAUUUCAGAAAUUGAAAAUAUCAAUGAAAAAGUAUGUGGGAUGCCAGGAAAUGUCUCGUGUGCCAUGGCAGAGUGUGGCGGGGCUUUAUGUCGUGACAGGCAGGGCCACAAACAUUGUGGCGGUCCAAACUGUGAUGGCGCAUACCCCCUUUCUACCAAUGCCUUUAGAAAGGCUGAUCUGACGGGCCUGCUGUUAAGUAAGCUAACCAAUCAGACGCAAGGAUCUCAGAAUAAGGUCAAAAGUAUAAGGAAAAUGACUGAUGACACUAUGGAGAAAACAUUGGAGAUUCGUGGAAAACUGGAGAAAAGUAAAUAUCAAAUCAAAAACGAAAGAGAAAGCUUAAAAGACCUGAUCAAGAAGCUGAGAAACUUUUUGCUAGAGGAAAGUGCCCCACCGGAGGAUAUAGAAAAAGUUGCAAAUUAUGUUCUGGCGAUUAAGAUGCACGAGGGACCUCAGGAGCUUCCAGACCUGCUCAGCAACCUCAAGAGCCUCAUGUCACAUUGUGAGGAACACACAGAAUAUACCAAAAGCUUAAGGAAACAAAAGGAAGAGGCCGAGAAGCUUUUGAAGAAAGCCGGAGAAACUGAGGAUCAAACAAAAGCUCUCACUGCACCUGACGAAAUUCUAACACACCUGAAAGACGUUGAAGAUACUCAGAGACAAACUCAAGGCAUCUUGGCAAUUUCCAGUGAGAAAAUAGAAGAGAUGCUAACAAAUAUUUCAGAGGCUGAGAACCAAAUGAAGAAGGCCGACACCCAGUUGCAGUCUUUUCCAGAAAAACAGUUCAAGCUGGCAGAUGAAAUAAAUUCCCUGAAGACCAAAAUGGAGAGGAGCAAAAUCCAAGCCACAGAUGCAAAAUCAAAGGCAGGAGAAGCCCAAACGCAAGCAACAGCGAGUAAUAAGGAACUUUCUAAUCUCGAACACGAAUACCACAACUUGCAAGAAAAACUCCUGACCAGCGGACUUUCGUUAGAAAUCUUGGAGAAACUCAACCGGUUGAAAAAAGAGGCAGAAGAACUCGCUAAUGACACUGCAGAGAAGGCGAAAAGAAUCACCGAUCUGGAAAAGAAGAUACAAGAUCUGAACCAGAUUAAACGGCAAAAAGCGGAUCAGCUGAAGCAACUGGAGAAUCAAGUUAUCGCUAUUAAAAACGAGAUCGCUGAGGAAUCCAACAGAUACGCUACUUGUAAAAGUUAG